AUGGAGUCGAUUUCCGACCAAACUCUGGAGGAAUUGCUGAAAACAGGCCUGGUGAACACAUUUUCUCUCCCAUUUUUGCCUUACUCAUCUUCUGUUUUCUCAUGUUUGUUGUUUUCAGAAAGAACAAGAGCUCGAAUACGUCGCGAUUUUGGGCAAUUCCCUGCUGGAACAGAACCGAGAGCUCAAAGAACGGUAAGUUACUGUAAUUUGUUGUUACUGAAAAUUUAGAAACGAGUUCUUGGAGGAGUCGUUGAGCGCCAGCAAUGACUGUAUUCAGCAGUUGAAGCAUCAACUCCAGCAACGCAGCGAUCUCUUGGAGGCGUAUUCCGAAUACGACGAGCUAAAUCACUCGUCGCCGACGGAUAGGUGA